GUAGUUCGCCAAAGACGUUUCACUGGCGAAUUCUGUCCCCACAAACUUAGUUAUAUAUGAACCCGCUGAGGUUUCGCGGGCAGUGGAGCGUGGUGUCUUAUUGACCGGUGAGUUUCAUACACCGCUGUAGGUAUUGACGUCAGCGUAUCCGGAGGCCUGCUGUUUCGUUUAUGUUGUCAGCGGAGGUGUGUUGAUUUAUUUCAUUGCUGUGUGGGUUUCACUUGGAUCCUGUCAUGAUCUGCUGAGGGCCUGGUUUAAUCUGUUGGUUUAUCAUAACUACAUCUCGCAAUGGCAGCCGCCGAAGGAGACAAGGAAGGAAGCGACACGGGUCCAAAGCUUGAGGAUAUCAACGGCCGGCUGUCGGUGCUCUAUUCGUUGUCGGUUGUCAAGAUCGUCAUCGGUAUAGUAUGUUUCGCUCUCGGUAUUCCCACCAUCGUGUACACUGCAGCCAACCCAACCUACCCCUUCUCGUCCGGAUCUGGAAUAUAUACAGGAAUAGAGGUUAUCCUGACGGGGAUGUUUGGGAUAUUAACACUGAAUGAAGCGAAAUCGUCAGACCCAGCGAGAUUGCGAUGUCUACUGAUCACAUUUCGAGUGUUUUUAUCACUGGGAAUAGACGUGGGAGCAGUCCAGUUCGCCUACGGGAUCUGGUCAUCUGUUAUCUGCUUCAAGGGUGAUGGCGGCACCACGUGCGGCGGAGUACACCACUCCGCUAACAGUCUACUCGCCGUGUUCAAUAUGAUCGUAGGACUCACAAUUUUGGUGGUAUGCUUGGUGAGCACUGUCGUCGGCUGGCAGCCAUUUAAAUUAUUCUGGAAAAUGGGGAAGGUCAAGGACGACGUGGAGACGAUAAAGGCCUAGACAUGCUUCCAAACCCCACACUCAGCUCGUCUCAACCCCAUAGAACCUCGGGGGUGCUAGACAGGUGGCGGAAAGUGCAAAAUGAUCCGAUUCUUAUAUUUGAAAUUUUACAGGAUACCGAGGACUUAUCGAGUCUUAUCCUUUACACAUUGAUGAGUGUGCUCGGUGUAUUAUAACAAGCUACAGGGGCGGUGGGGUAGCUUAGUGGUUAAAGCGAUCGCUCGUCACGCCGAAGACCCGGGUUCGAUUCCCCAAUCGGGCACAAUAUAUGUGUGAAGCCCAUUUCUGGUGUCCCCCGCCUUGAUAUUGCUGGGAUAUUGCCAAAAGCGGCGUAAAAGCAGACUCACUCGCUAAAACGCUGCAUGUGUAUAUAAAUCAUAUAUACCAAUGGUCAGACAUCACAGAGAAGACAACAACGAUGUAUGCUCAACGUUUGCAGUUCUUACGACACUUUGUAUAGUGUCACUACCUCAAUACUCCUAUUGCCAUUUGAUUGUUUAUACUCAUUAGGAAAGGUGCCCUAUCAUACCUGUGUAAAUACUGCAACAACUGGUUUAACAUGUUUCAUGUGUUCAUAUUGCCUUGUAUAUACUGCCGGCUAAACGAAAGUACAGUCAAGUCUGGUUAAUCCGACACUCGUUUAUCUGACAAUCGGCUUUAUCCGACACAAAUGAUGGGAACCGAUUUAAUCAGUGCUUUAGACCCGUUAAUCCGAUACACCCAUGUUUGACAGCGGUUAAUCAUGAAACAGACAAGAAUGGUUAUUCGAUGGGGAUGUGUUUGAUGCGGGUAUCAUUGUUGUGUUUUGGACCUUCAAUUUGCUGUGUUUCGGCAACUGUUUACUGUUUCAGCCGAGUAACGUUUCGGUGGAAGGUGUCAUUUCUUUAUUAAAUCCAAAUUUCAAGUGUAUACCUUCUUUUGCCCGUCUGUUAAUAUAAUAUACAUGUGUUUACUUGCUCUUUUGAAUAAAAAAAUAUUUUAUUUCUGUUA